GCUGUGUCAGGGAUAUUGUCUUUCCACACGCUGGAGCAAGUGAUAUUCCUAUGCUAAGAAAAAUACUAGGGGUCUUUAGGGCCUUUUCAUGUUAACACUUGACAUUGGAUGGAUUGUGUUUUUGGCACCAGUGAAAUAAAUGGGAUUUAUUAUCUGAUCAGCGUUAUUUUUCUAAAACAAAAGGAUUACACAGAGAUAAGGGAGACCCACGAUGGCCAAAUUAAUCAACACGCAUCAUACACAUGGUACCAUUCCUAAACUAUCCAUACAGGACAUGGACGAAGAGAUAGACAAAAUGGAGAAUGGAGAAAGCAGGUUAUUAAAGCAAGAAGCCAGCCCUAGUGUAUUACAUACAGCAGAAAGCCCAAAAUGUUUCAGCAUCUACAACAGUAAGAACAGAGUACACGUUGUAACAGGGACGCUCCACCGCGAGCAGCACCUUCCUGGUACCUCUUCAGGCUGCAACACCAACAACAGUAACAAUAAAGAUGAAGAGGAGAAAAAGAAAAAGAAAAAAGAAAAAAAAGAAAAAACUGAUCAUAAAAAGGAAAAGAAGAAGGACAAAGACAAGAAAAAGGACAAAAACAAAGGUGAUAAGGACAAAAAUAAAAAGGACAAAAAUAAGGACAAUGCUAAGGAAAAGGAGGAUGAAAAAGAGAAGGUAAAGGGGAAAGAAAAGGAGAAAGAGAAAGAAAAGGCAGAUAAAGAAAAGGCAGAGAAAGAAAAGGCAGAGAAAGAAAAACAAGAAAAGAAGAAAGACAUAUAUGUGAUUGAUCCUUCAGGGAACAUGUAUUAUAAUUGGCUAUUUUGCAUCACAAUGCCUGUUAUGUACAACUGGACCAUGAUUAUAGCCAGGGCUUGUUUUGAUGAACUUCAACAAGACUAUUUAGAAGCUUGGUUUCUGCUUGAUUAUAUGUCAGAUGCCAUCUACAUUGCAGACAUGUUUGUAAGAACAAGAACAGGAUAUCUUGAGCAAGGUCUUCUGGUCAAAGAUGAAACCAAACUGAGGAAUAAAUACAAAAAGACUUUACAAUUUAGGCUGGAUGUUGUCUCAAUGAUACCCACAGAUAUACUAUAUUUAAAAUUUGGAACUAAUUACCCAGAACUAAGAUUCAAUAAAUUGCUAAGAAUUUCUCGGAUGUUUGAGUUUUUCCAGAGAACAGAGACAAGAACCAAUUAUCCUAACAUUUUCAGAAUCUCCAACCUCAUCAUGUACAUCGUGAUCAUUAUCCAUUGGAAUGCUUGUGUAUUCUAUUCUAUUUCUAAAGCAAUAGGAUUUGGGGCAGACACAUGGGUCUAUCCAAACGCUACUGAUCCAGAAUUUGGAAGGCUUGCGAGAAAGUAUGUGUACAGUCUCUACUGGUCUACCCUCACCCUAACUACUAUUGGUGAAACCCCUCCACCGGUCUUGGAUUCUGAGUACUGGUUUGUGGUAGCUGAUUUCUUAGUGGGAGUAUUGAUUUUCGCUACAAUCGUCGGUAAUGUUGGUUCUAUGAUUUCAAACAUGAAUGCAGCAAGAGCUGAAUUUCAGGGAAGAAUCGAUGCCAUUAAACAGUACAUGCACUUCCGAAAAGUGAGCAAAGAGUUAGAAAAAAGAGUUAUCAAAUGGUUCGACUACCUGUGGACAAACAAAAAAGCUGUUGAUGAAAGGGAUGUCUUGAAAUACCUGCCUGACAAAUUAAGAGCUGAGAUUGCUAUCAAUGUUCAUCUGGAUACAUUAAAGAAGGUCCGGAUCUUUGCUGAUUGUGAAGCAGGCCUUUUGAUUGAAUUGGUCUUAAAACUGCAACCUCAAGUAUACAGCCCUGGAGAUUAUAUUUGCAGGAAAGGAGACAUUGGACGGGAAAUGUACAUUAUCAAAGAAGGCAAACUUGCUGUUGUAGCUGAUGAUGGGAUUACUCAGUUUGUUGUUUUGAGUGAUGGUAGCUACUUUGGUGAGAUUAGUAUUCUUAACAUCAAAGGAAGUAAAGCCGGAAAUAGAAGGACAGCCAAUAUUAAGAGUAUUGGUUAUUCUGACCUUUUCUGUCUCUCUAAAGAUGACCUCAUGGAAGCGUUAACUGAGUACCCUGAUGCUAAGGCAAUGCUUGAGGAGAAAGGAAGACAGAUUUUAAUGAAAGACGGUCUACUGGAUUUAGACAUUGCAAAUUCAGGGGUUGAUCCAAAGGACAUCGAAGAGAAAGUGGCUCACAUGGAAGGUUUAGUGGACAACUUGCAAACAAAGUUCGCAAGACUUUUGGCUGAGUAUGAUUCAGCGCAACAGAAACUUAAGCAACGAGUAUCCAAAAUUGAAACUAUGUUAAAGCCAGAGGUUGAGGAACCACCAGAGGUGGAAGGUCCAAAAGAAGAAGCAGAGGCACCCCCAAAAGAAUGAUUUAAUUAAUUAAGUUAAAGACUUGCACCUAUUGAAAGGCGUAACUAUUUUGUUAAGCAAAGAUUGUCACAAGAUAUGACAAUAACUUUGUUUUUGUUGAUAAAGUUUCUGAACAUGUUUACACACUGUGACAUUAAUGCAGAACUUUAUUUUCUCACACAAUAUAAAUGUUUGGACUGGAGAGAUACGGUACAUUUUAUCUACCUUCAUGGAACGGGACACAUUUACAAAUACAUUGUUUUUGAGUGGAAGUGUUUUUCUUUAUUUAAAAUGAACGUUCAAUAUCAAAUAACAAAUAAUACUUAAAAAGCACAUAAUACAGUCAA